CUGCCGCCAUUUUGCUCGCGCUGAGGCGAGGUGGCUGUUGUCGCGACGUCCGCCGGUGCCCCGAACGGGAGAGACGCGCGAGGCCCUCGCCCCAGGCGGCAUCCCCUUGUCGCCGCCAUCAUGCCGUCGUCGCCGCUGCGAGUGGCCGUGGUGUGCUCGAGUAACCAGAACCGGAGCAUGGAAGCGCACAACAUCCUCAGCAAACGAGGAUUCAGUGUCAGAUCCUUUGGAACAGGAACUCAUGUGAAGCUUCCAGGACCAGCACCAGACAAGCCGAAUGUUUAUGAUUUCAAAACAACAUAUGAUCAGAUGUACAAUGAUCUUCUUAGGAAAGACAAAGAACUCUAUACACAGAAUGGUAUUUUGCACAUGUUGGACAGAAAUAAGAGAAUCAAACCCCGGCCAGAAAGAUUCCAGAACUGUAAAGAUUUGUUUGAUCUCAUCCUUACCUGUGAAGAGAGAGUCUAUGACCAGGUGGUAGAAGACUUAAAUUCCAGAGAGCAAGAGACCUGCCAGCCAGUGCAUGUGAUUAAUGUGGACAUUCAGGACAACCACGAAGAAGCCACCCUAGGAGCCUUUCUCAUUUGUGAGCUCUGUCAGUGUAUACAACACACAGAAGACAUGGAGAAUGAGAUCGACGAGCUAUUACAGGAAUUUGAGGAGAAAAGCAGCAGGACUUUCCUCCACACGGUUUGCUUUUACUGACACCCGCCUUGGCUUUGCAGGCCUCGGAGCUGAACGAAGCAUGGGGGUCAAGUUUUCUGACUGUUCCCUACUCUCCCUGAAGACCACCUUCGAAUCUUCCUUUGUUAAUACUUUUUUUCUUCACGGUGUUUGUUUUUACUUUCAGGUAUUCUGCCAGAAGGAGGCAGUAUUACCCAAAUACAUUGUACAUAUAACAUGAGAAGAGAGAGACACAUAAAGGCCAUAGUAAAAAAAAUCAAGUUUUUUUUUCUAUCCCACUUUUCCUUAUUAUAAGUGGGAUAUUAAUUAUAAUGAGGAUAUUUUUCUUUGAAUGGAAAAAAAAGGUUUAUGUUAUAUUUCCCCCCCUAGCUUAUUCAUUUCUUUAGUUGUACAUUUUUCGUUACCGUAAUUGGCUGAAGUAUACAAAGACCUGAAUGAAACAAUGGAGUAUAUAUUGCUAGGUAUGAACUUGGCGCUGUCCUCUGCCUUCAGAAUGGAAGGGUUAGUUGCUCCCUUUUUCUGAACCUGGAUCCAGUCACAUUGCACUAAAGGGAGGUUGUUGAUGGAAAGCCGGGAUUCAGGAGCAGUUCUGAAAAUGGAAACUUGACAGUGAGUAGGGGCACAGCAGCAGAACCACCACGCUGACUGGCCCUGGGCCCACAGACGUCCCCGGGGACACCGGCCCUCCUCAGGAUGCCUGCCUCUUCGCUCAGAAAUGUUGCUGUUGGACAAAUCUGGUCUUGGUUCACUAGAAGUUCAGCACAGACUCCGAGCAAACAUUGUGGUUGGUUUGGUUUUGUUGUUAGGUUUAAAAAAAAAAGUAACAAGUUCCCAGAAGGGUUCCUUGUUUUCUGACUCUAAGAGAACCUUCCCAGCAGGAGGAGCCACCUUAGAUUCAGGGGGGGCCUAUUCCGCAAAAGCUGCCUCAGCACCUUGGAGAGCUCCAGUCGCCGGCUGGUUGGAGGGGCACAGAUAGGCGGCUCUGUUCACUUCAUUCUGGCUGCAGGUCUCUUCACCUUUUUUGUAGAUAACCUAUUUGCUGCUCGAAGCGACAAAGAAGCUCCCCUCAUGCUGGGUGACGGAGUAGGAUAACUUACUGAAACCACACAGGUCAGGAAGAUGGCCUCGAUUCAAAAGCCCUGGUGCUGUACCCAGUCGGGUCUGCCUCCCUAAUUUUUCCGAAGCCUGCAGAAGAGAAUGUGAGAAUCAGUUUGCUGAAGAGCCCUGUAAGGAAGUGGAUGGAUGGCGGUCAUGUCUUUGGCCUCCCCCUCCCAGAGGCUGAGGCUGCCGCCUCAGAAAGCCUUGUCUUCCUUAAUAACCCUUGCUGGAUCUGUCCAACACAAGUUUGCCUCUUUUCCUGUCUCUAGUGUCAGCUUGUUUACCUGUUGAGGUAAUAAAUUCCUGACUUAAUAAAUUAAAUAAAGAAUAA